CCCCCGGUGGUCCCCAAGCGCACAGAGGUCCCUGAUACCCUCGAAAUGGAGGUUAAUAGACUCGGGGAUCGUCCCCGCAGCACCCGGAGGUCUGGCAGCCACCAGCCCGGGCAGGCAGAGGCGGACGAGUGGGACGGAGGGAGCUCCCUCGCCCGUGUCCGUGCGACCGAAAGCCAGGCCUGCCCAGGUGCGAGCUGCUCACACCUCUCCCGGGCACCAGCUGCCAACCGGGAUGCCGGGAUCCGGAUCGACCCCGGGGGUUCUGCCGGGAGCAGCACCCGCAGGUUGACUAGGUCAGGAGGCCUGAGGGUCUGCUCCUCGAGUGGGGAGCUGUGGGGGAAAAUCAGCCUUUGCAAUGGGGAAAAAUCAGCCUUUGCAAUGGGGAUAGAACAGCCUUUGCAAUGGCAUAUGAUCGGAGCUUGUGCUUCUCACAGUGCUGAAGGAACAUGAUACCACUCUUCAGCCCUAAAUUAUUUUAUAAGUUUCAUAGCAAUUGCUUCACCCUCCCCUGAAAUGCAGCAGCUGUUUGCCACUGCCCAGUAUUUAGGGGCAGGAGGCAAAGGAGGGUCCUGCAAGCAUGUUGUCAAAGGGACUGUGGAGAGGGAAGAUGCAGCAAUCCAUGGUGGGAUUUGGCUGGGGCAGGGGCAGUAACAUCCUGUAGCCCCUCUGAAAAUGCUGCAUCCUUAGUUGGUGGUGGUUUGUUUGCUGGAGAGAUGCUUCAAGCAACAUCAUUGCUUUUGUGGGCUAUUUUGUCCGGUCCAGGGAGGUGAAGCUCUUAGCAGGGACCCCAAAGCCUCUUGCUGCAAUGCACGUGUAAGUGUGAGUGGGAGGACUUAUGUCCCCAUCUUAGAAGUCUCUCACACAACUAUGGACCAAACAUAACCUUCCAGAGCUGAAGAGUCAAGCUGAAAGUGGAACGGCCCCUGUUCAUCACACCCACGCAGCUGGGUGUUCAUCUCGGUGGGGCCACACUGACCAUGCUCAGGAGCUUCUGUCUCCAGCUCAUGUCCUUGAUUUGGAUCCUCUUGGCCCAUCACCAGCUUGUGCAAGGGGAUGACUGCAGUGAGCGCUGCAAUCUCGCCCACGGCUGCUGUGACCAGGAUGGGAAGUGCAGGUGCGAUCCAGGCUGGGAAGGGGAGUACUGCGAGGAGUGCGUGCGCAUGCCGGGCUGUCUUCACGGGACGUGCCACCAGCCUUGGCAGUGCAUCUGUCACUCUGGCUGGGCUGGCAAGUUCUGUGACAAAGACAUACACAUCUGUGAACACCAGUCCCCCUGCCAGAACGGGGCACAGUGCAUCUACGAUCGAGAUGGGGAGUAUUCCUGCCUGUGUCCAGAAGGUUUCCACGGGAAGGACUGUGAGAUGAAGACAGGGCCAUGUGAGAAGGCAGGGUCUCCAUGCAAGAAUGGUGGGCAAUGCCAAGACGAAAAUGGCUUUGCCAGUAACUUCACCUGCCGGUGUCUGGCUGGCUUUGUGGGGGCUCUCUGUGAGCACGACGUGGACGACUGCCUGAUGCGCCCCUGUGCCAACGGGGCCACCUGCCACGACGGCGUCAACCGCUUCUCCUGCCAGUGCCAGGUGGGCUUUGAGGGGCGUUUCUGCACCAUCAACAUCAACGACUGCGCCAGCCAGCCCUGCAAAAACGGGGCAAAGUGCUAUGACCGCAUCAAUGACUAUGACUGCUUGUGUCCUGACCGUUUCACUGGCAAGACCUGUGACAUCUCCGUCCCUGAGCCCACCUGGUCUCCUCCCUACCACCCUGCCAACCAUGAGAAUGCUGGAGGAGUGAAAAGCACCACUAGUGAGACGCCAGGGGUGACGCAGCCAGAGCCCAUCAGGACUGUGGUCACAGGGCGGCGUGUGGCCAACCACAGUGAGAAGGAGCCGGGGGGAGGGUUGUUGAAAAUCUCUGUGAAGGAGGUGGUGACCCAAAGGGACUCAGGGCUGAGUGACGCCCAGCUGGUGACAGUGCUGGUGUUCGGGGUGCUGACAGCAGUGCUGGUCCUCAUCACUGUCCUGCUCAUGCUGAGGAACUGGCAGAGAGGCCGUCAAAGGUCGAACUGGUGCCAAAGCCCUUCUCAGGCUGCAAGAAAGCUCCAAGACCAGGAGUGUCAGGUGGGCAUGCUCAACACCAUCUUGAUUGAGCCAAGGAAGACUACAGAGCUGUGAGCUGCGAGGACUCUGAACCAGGCCCUGGCAGGUCAUCGUGCCGGCAAACUCCUUGAACUGCGCCCUGCGGAGCCACACCGGCACCCACUGGGCAGCGGGGAAGCACUACCAGGGCAGCAAACACAUCAACAAAACCCUGGGUGUUGAGCACUGGUGAGAUGGCCCUGCCCGGGUCUGAGCUGUCUCCUGCCUGGCUGGCUCAGCUGGCACUCAUGGCAUUUGAAGGCAGGGCUGUGUUGGGCCAGCCCUGCAGGGGAGCAGUAGUGCACUGCCUGCAGCAGCCCGUGCCACACAGGCACUGCUAUCAUCUGAUCCAGCUCUCAGAAACAGGACAGGUAGUGCUGAGCAGGGCACAGCCCUCCUGCAAGCCCAAAUACUGCCAGACCCUUUGUAACUCCUCUCUGUGACUACGGGAAGGGGAUUUAUCUUCAUUUCUGCUGGUGUUGGGAUGCUUCUUCUGGGGCCUUUGAUACAGUUGUGGCUGCAUGGGUCUCCCUGCCACAGUACUGUGUGGGGUAGUUCCUGGCUGUUUCUGGAGGCUGUCAUUUCAGAUGCCAUGUCCCUAGGGAGUGAGCAAACACCCUUGCUCCCUGGCCUUGUGGUUCUGUGAGCCAGUUCAAAGAGACUUCAAAAAUCAUUGCAGGUCUCAUGCCCUUCUUCUGCCCUGGCUGAUGCACCCUCCUCUUGCUGUCAGACUUUGGGGUUACAAACGUGUUCCACACUUUGCUCCUGAUAAUCCAGGAGUCUCUCUGACUCACUUACUAAGCCGUCCUUUCUGGUCUGGCCACAAAUGACCAAGAUCCUUUGCCUCUGCAGUGUGCACUUCUGCCUCACUAUUUGCUCUCCUCU